AUGAGAAGCGGUUCAUCCGAAACCAAGUUUUUGCAAGAGCUGGUUCUCUACGCCGCAAGCGCUGCUUUGAGCUGUUUGGUUUUGUUCGCGGGUCUCCGACAUCUCGACCCGAACCGCGAAGCGUCCAAGAAAGCAAUUAAACACAAUAAGGACAUUGCAAAGCGUUUGGGCCGACCUCUCAUCCAGACUAAUCCCUAUGAGAAAAGGUUGCGACUUGAUUUUGAAAUUCACGUGCAUAUAGAAAACUAUGAGCAAAAGCCUUCAACAAUUUUCAACAAGACCUCUUCAUUUGCUCUCUUUGAUGGAAGUGUUGGUGAUGAUUUCAGACACAUAACUCAAAAUGACUUAUCCAAAGCUGCUUAG